GGGGGUUUUAUUUCACCACUCAUCCUUUGGAGACUGCCUGUGGGAAAAGCAGGCCCAGCCAAUUUUUACCUGUUCUGAUCCGUGGCUGGGUUAUUUCCAGGUCUAAGUGGACAGACCUUGCACAAACCCCAAAAUAAAAUCAAAAUAAAGAUAAUGGGGCCGUUUAAACCCAGUAUUAACCGUGGAUUUCUCCUCCCUCCUGAAUGCAGCAAGCCCUGGGGGGAGCCUGCUCGAAGAAUGCUUUAUUCUAGGCGUUCAUUUUAAUUACAACCCCAAUUAUUUUGGUGCACGGCUAUGACCCAGUUAACAAACCCACCCUGGGCAUCUCGUGGUCUCCCCGACCCUGCCCAUCUCUGCAAGGAGGGAACUUCAGCUGCUGGCCAAAUUAUUUUUGAAACAAGCGGUGGAACUGGUUGCUACAUCUUAAUGAAAAUGGAUUUUUUGUUUUAAUUUUUUUUUUUUUUUUUUUUUUAAGGAGACAUUUCUAUGUAUAUAAACAGCCCUUCCUCCCCAACCUGGUUAGACAAGAAUGUUCCUGGGUGUGGACUGCCUUGUAUAAUUAAGUGCACAGCUGGAGCUUCUGAUCCCUCCACGUCUGCUCCUUCCUUUCCUCCUUCCUCUCCCCCUUGCAUCCACCUGGGCGCGAUCCGGGCGCGCUGCUGCUCCUGGGGAGCUCGGGGUGCGUCACCGGGGCAGAAAGGCUCCCUGCAGCCCGAAUUCCAAACCACUCCUCGCUGAGACCAGGGCCUGCCUGCCUUGGAGGGGGCUGAGAGCCAGGGACAGCCAGCACAGACACCGCCGACCACCAUGGAGACGGGCAGCGCAGCCAGGACCAACGGCACCGCCGGCAAGGCCGAGGAUGUGAAGAGCCCAACUAGCCCCAAAAAAGAAGAGGAGGCCAAGAAGGCCACGAGCCCUGGCGGAGGCGAGAAAGAGGCUAUAAAAGGCACGGGCGGUGCUGCGUUGGAGACAGGGCAAAUCAAGAGCUCCCUCUUCUCUGGGAGUGACUGGAAGAGGCCCAUCAUUCAGUUUGUGGAGUCAUCCGACGAGAAGAGGUCAACCUACUUCAGCAUGGACUCGGCAGACUCCAAGAAGAUGCAGUUCGCCAGCGGUCAGAUCGGAGACAUGAGGAGACCGGCCCUGAACUUCCCGGAGAAAGGAGACCUCAGGAAGUCCCUGUUCUCCUUGGAUUCCAAAAAGAGCUUCCUGCCCGCCGACGGGGAAGGGAGGAAGUCCUUGUUCUCCGCGGGGCAGAUGGGGGAGCUGAAGAAAUCUUCCCUGCCUCUGGUGGAGACGGGGGAUCUGAGGAGACCCUUCAACAAGGCCGACAGGGCCGCGGGCUCCCGGCCCCGCGUGAAGCUCGAGGACGUUCUCUGCGACUCCUGCAUCGACAACAAGCAGAAGGCUGUCAAGUCCUGCCUGGUGUGCCAGGCGUCCUUCUGCGAGCUGCACCUCAAGCCCCACCUGGAGGGAGCGGCCUUCCGUGACCACCAGCUCCUGGACCCCAUCAGGGACUUCGAGGCCAGGAAAUGCCCCGUGCACGGCAAGACCAUGGAGCUGUUCUGCCAGACGGACCAGAUGUGCAUCUGCUACCUCUGCAUGUUCCAGGAGCACAAGAACCACAGCACCGUGACAGUGGAGAUCGAGAAGGCGGGCAAAGAGGCCGAGCUGUCGCUGCAGAAGGAGCAGCUGCAGCUGAAGAUCAUCGAGGUGGAGGAUGAGGUGGACAAGUGGCAGAAGGAGCGGGACCGCAUCAAGAAUUACACCACCAACGAGAAGGCCACGGUGGACCAGCACUUCAAGGAGCUGAUCCGGGACCUGGAGAGGCAGAGGGAUGAGGUGAAGGCUGCCCUGGACCAGAGGGAGAAGAUCGCCUCGGAGAACGUGAAGGAGAUCGUGGAUGAGCUGGAGGAGAGGGCGAAGCUGCUGCGGGAGGACAAGGAGAACAGGGAGCAGAUCCACCAGAUCAGCGACUCCGUGCUCUUCCUGCAGGAAUUUGGGGCUCUGAUGAGGAAUUAUGUGCCCCCUCCAUCCCUCCCAACCUACAGCGUGCUGCUGGAGGGGGAGAGCAUGAGCCCCUCCAUGGGGCUGCUCAGGGACGACCUCCUCAACGUCUGCAUGAGGCACGUGGAGAAGAUCUGCAAGGCAGACCUGGGCCGAAACUUCAUCGAGAGGAACCACAUGGAGAACGGGGACCACCGGUUCAUGAUGAACAACUACGAGUGGAACCAGCCCGACAACCUGAAGAGAUUUUCCAUGUUCCUGUCUCCCAAAGCCAAUUUCAGCCCACGGUCAUGGGAAUUUUCCUCCUUCCAAGCGACUGAGGAAACACUUGGCAAUGGCACUAAGCUGCCUUUUCAGUUCUCCUCGGUGGGACAGAAUCCGCCCGGUGACUUCAGCAAACAGUCUGACGGGAGCCUCUUCACUAAGACCGCCUACCCUUCCAUAGUGAGGCACCAGUCUGCAAAGGUGACGCCACAGACGUGGAAAUCCUCCUCCAAGCAGUCUGUAUUGUCACACUACCGCCCCUUCUACGUCAACAAAGGCAACGGAGCCACCUCCAACGAGGCGCCCUGAGCUGCUGAGGGCGUGGGGAGCGCUGGCAGCCGGGACAGCCGCGGAUCUCCACGGAUGCUCCUGCUACUCCUGAACCCCCCCGCCCCACCCUCCGCCAGGGCCAGGGAGGCGCAGGAGGGCCUCGCCUUCCCCUGAGCAAACCGGGACUUUUCCCCCAUCACCCGCUGCCCUCCAGAGCUCCACAGGCCUUUUGACACCCUCUGCUGUCCCCUCCUUGUCCCCUCGCUGUCCCCAGCUGCUCUGCCCUUGCUGGGAGUGGUGGAUGCUUGGGUGGCACCCCCUGCUAGGCAGCUGUCCCCUUGUCCCCAGGGCUGGUCAGUCCUGCUGGGUGUCCCCAAAGCACCAAGAGGUGCCAGGCUGGGGCUGCUCCUGUGCCUCUCCACCCUGGGGACACCCAGCUCCCCUGGUGGCAUCACAUGUCCCCAGGGUCUUCCAUCAGCUCAGCUCUGCUCCUCACCAAAAAAAAAACCCAGCAGGAUUUUUCCAGAGCUGCUGGAGGAGGGCAGGGAGGCUUUCCAGCCCAUUAAAGUGCCCCUCCAGCCACCUUUUCAAAUUAAGAAAUAAAAAGCAAAUCCAUCCUAGUAACACAAGAUUGAUUAGAUGCCAUAGGUGCUGGGUGCUUUUAGGGUUUGUGGUGGUUUUUUCUUAAUUCCCCUAAACCAAAAUUGAUUUAUGUACUGUAGUUCAGGUGUUUUAUAUUUUAUUUUUUCCCUGCAGUGGGCAAUGAGAAUUACUGCCACAGCUUUUUUGCUCAGGAUAAUAUUUUUGUAUUUGUCCCCUGGACAGAUGAAUCACAUCCAGGAUCUCCCUGAGGUGAUUUUCCCUCUCCCUGGACAAGCUGAGGGGUUCAGACCAUGUCAGGCAGGGGGAGAAAUUGGAAAAAAGAGCCCUCAAAUGGUGAAAACCGAGACCUAACAGCUCCUUUUCACGGUUUGCUCUAUUCAGGCAGUUUUGGAAUGGCUUCCCCCCACUUUUUCCUGCUUGCAGCACCUUGCUGAGGGAGGUCCCACCUGAAAAUUCCUUCCUGGCUCAUCCCUUCACAAAGAUACUCACGGCUUUUUAACCCAACAGCUCACCCAAAACUCCUGGGGCUGAAUGUUGGUCACUCCAGAGCACUUGAAAUGUCACUUUAUGAUGAUUUUUUACUUUUUUUUUUUUUCCCCAUAAAGACCAGAGGGGGAAGGGGCUGGCGUGGCAGGGCAGGAUGUGACAAAAGGGAUGUGAAAAAAGGGAUGGAAUUCCUGGGAAAAAGCACCGAGGGCUUUGAGGAUGUGUGAGAAAGGAUAAAAGCAGCCCCCUCCAGGUCUCAAUGUUUUACCCUUGAGCAGGUCCAGUAAAACCUUCCACCACCUCCAAAAUACGGGCAUGACCCUUCCUCCUCCUCCUCCUCCUCCUCCUCAGGCAGGACAGGGCUGUGCUGGUGAUGUGAACGAGGCCCCUCCCGUGUGCACCACUCUGCAGAAAUAAAGGAGAAAGCUCCGUGUCUGACCAAAGAACAACGGGCUGAGCUCUGUCUGUGGCGUUUCCGUGCUCUCGGUGAUUUGGAGUUUCUCCAAAUUGUCCUUCUCGUCAGCAGCAGGCUUGGAGAGCCUGAUUUUUGCCAGCUCUCAGAGGCUGUUUCACUGCUUUUUUUUGGAUGUUGAAGGUCAGAGGAAAUUCCUGCAUCCUUCAGGGUCAAAAAUUCCCACAUCCUUGGGGGUCAAAAGCUGAUGGAUGCAUUGGGACACCCUGAAAAUCCCCAGGCAGGUCAGCUCCCAAGCACUGGAGCCACAAAAGUCCCUCCCUGCAAGGGCAUCUCUGAAAAUCCCCUCAGCCUGUGCCAGAGUUAAACCUCAGUGGUUCCCUCUGGAGGGAAACGCUUGUUCCUGGAUCCACUGGCCAAAAUAAGAUGAUUUUACCCCAGCCUGGAGCUGGAUCUCCCCAGAGGUCGGUUCUGGGCACCACUGGGA